AUGGAGGAAGCCAUUUCUGCAACCAACAGCUGGACUCUCUUCUGCAGAGAUAUGGAGUCCGUCAUAAAGUGGCGACCCCCUAUCACCUUCAGACAAUUGGUCUAUGGCAAAGCCUGUCACUUGCCAGUUGAACUGGAGCAUAAAGCUUACUGGGCAAUCAGAUACCUCAACCUUGAUUCAGAAGCUGCAGGAAUCAAGCGAAUGCUUCAGCUAAAUGAGCUUGAUCAAUUCAAAUAUUCAGCCUAUGAGAAUGCCAAGCUCUAUAAGAAAAUAACUAAGCUACUGUAUGACAAGAAGAUUGCCAUCAGAGUCUUUGAGCCAGGACAAAGAGUGCUUCUAUAUAAUUCAAGGCUCAAAUUCUUUUCUGGGAAGCUGAAAUCCCGAUGGUCAGGACCGUUUGUGGUUACCAGAGCUUUACCAUAUGGUCAUGUGGAAAUACAAGAAGAGAAUUCUGACAGAAAAUUUACAGUGAAUGGCCAGAGGUUGAAGCACUAUCUUGGAGGCGAGAUUGAUCGCUGA